AUGCCUGGCAUCGAGGUGGCUGCGCGACCUUGGCUCUACGUGAAGGCAAGCCUUGGAGACACGGAUAUAUCCAACCGGCUGAAAGAAUUGGGCAUCCUGAAAGCGUCCUCCACGCCGAGCGCCAAGACUCACUGGCUUCGCAAAGUGCUCUCUCGUAACGUGGACUUUGUCAAGGACUACACGUUGCAGCGCUUCUUACAUGACGCGACCAUGGCGAAAACAAUUACCUCAGUGGUCGCUGCUGCUGAGAAGCAGAAGAUCUCGCCAGAUGAGGCUGCUGCGGACAUGCCGCAGUUUGAACAAUACUGGCACCACCAAGCACAGAAGUUGGAGGACGUGUGUCGGCAGGCCCAGACGUUCCCAAAUCUCUUCUUCACCAUUGCUCCCGCUGAGUGGAGGUUCCCCCUACACGGGGGCAUGUUCGGCAAAGCAGACCAGGAUGAUCUCAGCACAUGUCAAGCCUGGUUGACCAUGCACAUGCACAACUGCAUCGGGGCCAUCCUGGGUGACAUGCUGUGGAAGAACAAGGCCCAGGCGGCCGACUUGGGAAUUGCGGAGAUCGAGCACUACACCUAUCGCUUUGAGUUCCAAGGACGUGGCACCCUUCAUGCGCACGCCGUGGCGUGGGUGAAGUUCAAUCCCGGGGUCUCCAUAGAGGAGUUGAGCGGCCGCAGCGGUGUGGGAGUUCAGACGAGUCCAUUGGUGCGGCUCUUGGAGGAGGUCUUUGAUUGUGGAGCUGUUGAUGCGCAGCGCGGACAUUCAGAACACAAUUUGCUGCGCUACGUGGCCGGGUACGUCGCCAAGGCCUCGGAUUCUUUGCGCUUCCAGAAGGGAGAUGAGGCACGAGGGACACCUGCGGAGACUUCCCGGUGGCGGCAAGUGUACCGGCUCCUUUGCAAGCGAUCCCCGCUGGAGCAGGAGAUGGCCAUGUACUUCGCUGGCCUGCCGAUGGUGGAGUCUUCUUUCGCCGGCGAGAGAAUGUAUCCUCCCAUCCCUGGCAGCACGGCCGUCAACAAGUACAGGCAUACUUAUAUGGCGUAUCAAGAGCGCCUGUCCGCAGUACAUCCAGAACAUGCCCAAGUUCAAGAGGUAGCAGAGGAUGGCCAGGUCCUUCGGCUUCGAAGUUUCGUGGAGUGGUGUCGCCUGUUUCGUCUGCAUCAGUACAUCAAAGCUGGUGAAGACGCUUGGAAUUAUGUGGUGCGAGAGCGCAACACUCGUGGCCGGGGAUUCGGCAAGAAGUGUGCCAUUGCCAUGACUUGGCCUUUCGAAUUGUUGGACAUCUAUUGCGGCGCCUACACAGCCUCCUUUUUACCUUGCCUCGAAGCGGAGCUCUGUCCCCUGCCGAUGAGCUCGUCCCCGAGAACACGCAGCACCUGGCAACGCUGCUUCGUCUAUAUGAUGGGGAUGUGGAGGCUGCAUUGGAGUCCAUGGUGGAGGAGCUGCGCUGGCGCGGCCUGGGCGAAGAUCGGCAGGCAACCUUUGCGGCGCGCAUCCGCGCCGGAGCUACACUGCUGCAAGCCGUGGCCGCCGGAAGAGCACGACCGGAGGAUUGGUCGGCUCGCUCCAUUCGAGAUCCUCCUCGCAGGGUCUGGUCCCCGGAGCAACAGGCAGUUCUGGAUGCAAUUGCCGCAGGCAUCCAGCCGCCAGAUGCCGAGGAAGCGCAACCUCGCCCGCGCCGGGCACCGGCAAGACGGAAGUGCUCCUGGCAGCGGCUGA